UUGUGUGUGUGUGUUUGUGUGUGUGUGUGUGUGUGUACGUUGGGCACACCCUCGCUCCGUUAUCAGUGCCUCUCCGCCACUGAGCUGAGUCCCCACGGCCACAGCUCCUCCCGCCCCUCACGCCGCGGCCCAGGGCAAGGUAUACACCCCCGCCGCCUAAGGGAGCUCAGUGACUCUUGACCCGGUGGGGAGGAAACAGUCCCACGUGGAAGGAAUAGUUUGUAGUGCUGCAAGUGACGACCUUCCCGGCGGCCAGCGAGCCUUUGUAGCGCCAUCACGGUAAACUGAGGCAUCACCACCACCACCACCACCUUCUUCGCCACACCGCCGCCGCCACACAGCCGCCACCAUGCCUAAAACAAUCAGCGUGCGGAUCACGUCUAUGGACGCGGAGCUGGAGUUCGCCAUCCAGUCCUCAACCACCGGCAAGCAGCUGUUCGACCAGGUGGUGCGAACUAUCGGGCUCAGGGAGAUAUGGUACUUCGGGCUGCAGUUCGUGGACGAUAAAGGCUUCACCACGUGGCUCGUCCUCAACAAAAAGGUAUUGAAACAAGUUGGGAAAAAACACGAAGACACACUGCAGUUUAAGUUCAGGGCGAAAUUCUACCCAGAGGACAUCAGUGAAAUCAUUCAGGACAUCACACUGCGAAUGUUCUACCUGCAAGUCAAGAACUCCAUCCUGAGUGACGAGGUAUACUGCCCGCCCGAGACCGCCGUGCUGCUCGCGUCCUACGCCGUGCAGGUUAAGUAUGGCGACUACGCGCCUGACUUCCACAAAGCUGGCUACCUGGCCAACGAUCGCCUCCUGCCCCAACGCGUGAUGGACCAGUUCAACAUGACGAGGGACGCCUGGGAGGAGAAGAUCACAAAGUGGCACAAGGAGCACAAGGGAAUGUUGAGAGAAGACUCCAUGCUGGAGUACAUGAAGCUGGCACAGGAUUUGAACAUGUACGGGGUCAACUACUUUGACAUCACCAACAAAAAGGGCACACAGGUCUCCCUUGGCAUAGACGCCCUGGGAAUCAACGUAUAUGACAACAAGGACAAACUAACCCCUAAGAUCGGCUUCCCUUGGUCGGAGAUCCGCAACAUCACCUUCCACAACAAAAACUUUAUCAUCAAGCCCACAGACAAGAAAUCUCCAGACAUUGUGUUUGUCGCCAACCAUGUGCGGGUGAACAAGACCAUCCUGGCACUGUGCAUGGGCAAUCACGACAUGUAUGUCCGCCGCCGCAAAGCAGACACCAUUGAGGUCCAGCAGAUGAAGAUGCAAGCUCGGGAGGAGAAGGCUGCCAAGCUACUGGCUGCAGAGAAACUUGCUCGUGAAGUAUCCUUGAGGGAAUCAGCAGAGAAACGACAGAAAGACUAUGAGGAGCGUCUGAGAAACAUGAACUUGGAGGUGCUGGAGAGACGGAAAGAGCUGGAAGAAGCCCAGAACACAAUCCGUCGCUUGGAGAAACAGUUGAGUGAACUACAGAAGGCCAAAGAUGAAUUGGAGCACAAGCAGAAAGAGCUGGAGAUGAUGAUGAUUCGUCUGCGGGAAGCAAAGGAACUGGAGGAAGAGGAAAAAGCAAAGCUGGAAGAAGAGAUUCGACUCAAACAAGAAGAGGUUGAACGCAUCCGAGAUGAAGUUAAUGAAAGGGAUGAGGAAGCCAGGAAGCUACAGGAGGAAGUGUUGGAGGCACGGCGCAAGGAGGAAGAGGCAACAGUAGCCCUCCUGAAGGCCUCCACAGCACGUAAACCAUCCUCCUCCUCCUCCUCCUCCUCCUCCUCAGAGGAAGAAACUGAACACAGGAAUGCACUAGCAAGGAAGAUUUCAGCCACCUAUGAGAAGAGUGCAUACAAUGGAGAUAUGAGUGAGAAAAGUGUAAGCUCCUCAAGAAGUGCCACUCCAGGGCCUCCUCCCAACGAGGACAUAUUCAACAGGGAAGACGCCAGCAUGAAGAGGCUGUCUCUUCUUGAGAAAGUUAAGCUGUCCCUGGAGGAAGAACGCAUCCCUGCAGAGAUGUCAACUCUGGACAGGAUCUACAAGCGCAACAUCAAUCAAGGCAACACCAAAUACAAGACCCUACGAGAAGUCCGCAAAGGCAACACUAAGAGAAGGGUUGAUCAGUUUGAGAACUGGUAAAGUUCAUCAAGGAUGAAGAGAAAGGUUACUCAAGCACCAGUGAUGCUGAGGAACAAGUCUUGGGAUAUUUUUGCACAAUCUGUGUACCUUUUCAAUGUAACAUACAAAGUUGAAAAGUUAAUGGCAUUCCCUUUUGGCAGGAAAGUGUUUUCACUGUAAUCUAAAGCAGCUCUCUGGCCUGAACCAUUACUUUUCUUAACACAUUGUGAUGGCAGUUCAUAACUGAGUAUGAUUUGGGGAGUUAUCAUUAUAUUGGGGGACUUUGCCCCAUGUAUAAACUUAGUGAAUAAAAUCCCUCAUAGUAUAUAAAUGUAAUGCAUACAUAUACUGUUGACUUAAUUUGUAAUGUACUAUAAUAAUUUCUUGCAAUAAUACUUAAUUUGAUAUCAAUUUAAUGGUUAUUAGUAGUUUUGACACUGUACAUAAGUAGUCAUAAUUUGAGUGCAGAUGAUUCAUUAUGUUCAUCCAAUGUUUCACCUUUGGAAACCCUUUUUUUUUGUCCAUUGAGCAGCAAUAAGUCUGAUUCUCUGAAUUCCUAUCAUCUAAAACAAAAUAAAUGCAUCUAAAGCCAGUUUGCUUAAUAUAAAAGAAUAAAUUCAGCGUUGUACUUUGCCCGUUUUGCAGAUUUAGUCUUUGUAAUAAUAGAAAAGAAAGUAGUGGUCUUAUAAAAAUAAUUAUACUUUGC